AGCCGCUCAGUCUGCGCGCCAUUGCAUUUCCUUCUCCCCCUAUUUCUCUGCUCUGUCUCUCUCUCGCAUCCUAAUACAAUAAUCCAAUAAUCCAUCCACACUAAAAAUUCUCCACCAUUUUUCUUAUCUUUCCCAAAAUCAUGGGGUCUCUCAAGUUCCUUUCAGAUUAGCUCCACCAUUUUUCCAUCAGGAAGAGAUGAAUACAAUUUCAUUGCCUGAAAUGGCAGUUGGGGUUAUUCACCGCUGCCCCAUUGCAUCUUCAGGUCUACAUUGCAAGUAUGAUACGAGUUUAUGCAGCCUGGGGCUUCGCCCUCUUGUCUUCAGAACUAAUUCGAACAGAAAAAAGCGGAAACUGUUGCAAGUUAUGUGAAGGCUGCGUUUUCAAUAUCAUGACCAAAAUGAAAUUCGUGCAGGAACCUUUUCUGCACGCCGCAUUGGUUAUGUAAAUCAAGAACAAAUAUUUUUUCAAGCAUGGAUGAUUCCAAUGACACUUUUACCGACGUGUUUGAUACUUCAGGAAGUAGUGAAGUGUUGAAUAUAGAAGAAGAUGAAUUAAUCACAGCUAGAAAUGGUCUUUUGGAGGCCCAAGCUAAACAAGAAGCCACUGAGAAAGAGAGAGAUCAAUUGCUUGAAGAGUUGGCCUGUUCCGAGGGAAAAGAACAUGAAUAUGUUGCUAGCAUAUUGCACGACAAGGAAUUGGCUAUUGCAGAACUCGAGGCAGCCAAGUCGCGGUUCCAUCAGAAGCUGCGGGAAUCUGUUGAAGAGAAGUUCAGCUUAGAAUCUAAGUUAGUUCUUGCAAAACAGGAUGCAGUUGAACUUGCGGUACAAGUAGAAAAGUUAGCGGAAAUUGCUUUCCAGCAGGCCACAUCUCACAUUCUAGAAGAUGCCCAGAUGAGGGUUUCAGCAGCAGAAACUACAGCUGCUGAAGCAGCUUAUCAGAUCGAAAAACAAAUUAAGGAGGUGACAGAAGGUAGUAUAUUGUCAAUUGUGGAACAGUCAAAACUUGCAAUAGAGAAGGCACUGGAUGUGGCGGAAAAAGCUGGUGAGCAUGCAUCAAAAGCAGUAUUAGAAUAUACUGAAGGUAUGAGUCCACUGGAUGAGCUUGCUUCCCUCCAGUCAAAAAAUAUGAUGUUACAGGGUGCCGUAAAUGAUUUAGAAUCUCAGUCGUUGCUUACAAGAAGUGACAUUGAUAGGUUGAAGUUGGAGUUGGAAAAGGCCCAUGCACAUGCAAAUGCGUUUGAGCUCCGAGCUAAUGAUGCUGAGAAAUCAUUGCUUGAAUUUCAGGAAUCAAGCAGGAAAAAUACUCUCCAGAAAGAGGAGGAAAUUAUGUCUUUGUUGGAGAAAAUGAAGAAAGAUUCAUCAGAAAGAAAGACGUCUUCUUCCAAGGCUUUCAAGGCUGAGUUGCAAAGCAUUAUGGAUGCUAUUGGUGCUGCCAAAGAAAUGGCACGUUCGAAGGAUGACGCAUACUUGAGAAGAUGUGAAGCACUGCAAAGAUCAUUGAAGGCAUCUGAAGCUACUACAAAGAUGUGGAGACAGAGAGGAGAAAUGGCAGAAUCAUUGUUGUUGAAGGAAAGACCGCUGGGUGAUGGGGAUGAAGAUUCCAUUUAUGUUGUUAAUGGUGGACGGAUAGAUCUUUUGACAGAUGAUGAUUCACUGAAAUGGAAACUUUUAAGUGAUGGUCCUCGCCGAGAGAUACCUCAAUGGAUGGCUAGGAAAAUUCGUACUAUCCGUCCCAGGUUCCCACCAAGAAAGAUUGAUGUAGCUGAAGCCUCCAGUUCAAAGUUCAGAUCUUUGAACUUGCCCAAACCUGAUGAAGUAUGGUCUAUAGCUCAGGAAAAGCCAAAGGAGGGUGAUACACUUAUUGAGCAUGUGCGUGAGAAAGAAACAAUAGAAAAGAAACGAAAAGCUUUGGAGCACGUUCUUCAGAGGAAGACCAUACAAUGGCAGAGCACUGAGGAACAAACAAAGUUAGAGCCAGGAACUGGAACCGGACAUGAAAUCGUGUUUCAAGGCUUCAAUUGGGAAAGCUGGAGAAGGCAGUGGUACCUGGACUUAGCUCCUAAAGCUGCUGAUUUAUCAAAAAUUGGGGUAACGGCAGUGUGGUUGCCACCACCAACAGAAUCUGUUGCUCCUCAAGGUUAUAUGCCUUCUGACCUGUACAAUUUGAACUCAUCGUAUGGUACCGUGGAUGAACUUAAACACUGCAUUCAGGAAAUGCAUUCCCACGAUCUUCUGGCCCUGGGAGAUGUUGUCCUAAAUCAUAGAUGUGCACAUAAACAGAGUCCAAAUGGCAUUUGGAACAUUUUUGGUGGGAAGCUUGCUUGGGGGCCUGAAGCAAUUGUUUGUGAUGAUCCAAAUUUUCAGGGCCAAGGAAAUCCUUCAAGUGGGGAUAUAUUCCAUGCAGCACCCAAUAUUGAUCAUUCGAAGGACUUUGUAAGAAAUGACAUAAAGGAGUUGCUAAAUUGGCUUCGAAGUGAUAUUGGUUUUGAUGGAUGGCGCCUUGACUUCGUAAGAGGCUUUUCGGGUACCUAUGUAAAAGAAUAUAUUGAAGCUUCGGUUCCUGCAUUUGCUAUUGGAGAAUAUUGGGACAGCUUAGAUUAUGAAAAUGGAAAUUUGUGUUACAAUCAAGAUGCUCACCGGCAACGAAUUGUUAAUUGGAUCAAUGCCACAGGCGGUACUUCCUCUGCAUUUGAUGUCACAACAAAGGGAAUACUCCACUCCGCUCUUCAUAACCAAUACUGGAGGUUAAUAGAUCCUCAAGGUAAACCAACUGGAGUUCUGGGAUGGUGGCCCUCUCGUGCUGUCACGUUUUUGGAGAACCACGACACAGGAUCAACACAGGGCCAUUGGCCGUUUCCGCGAGAUAAGCUUACGCAGGGAUACGCUUACAUCCUGACGCAUCCUGGAACACCUGUCAUUUUCUAUGACCAUUUAUACGACUUUGGUCUCCAUGACAUCCUAACCGAGCUAAUAGAUGCUCGAAGAAGGGCCGGGAUCCAUUGCCGGAGUUCUGUGAAGAUAUACCACGCGAACAAUGAAGGCUACGUUGCACAGAUAGGUGAUACACUGGUAAUGAAGCUUGGAGAUUUCGAUUGGAAUCUGUCGAAGGAAAACCACUUGGAAGGGAGCUGGCAGACGUUUGUUGACAAAGGAUCGGAUUAUAAAUUGUGGGUACGACAAUAGUCCGAUUCAAAUGGAUACAUAUAUACUUGUAAAACCUGGGAUUAAUUUAUAAUUGUAACUUCUUGGCACCAGAAAUAAGUGCAAAAUAGAUGGGUGUGUAAAUAAGUUCACCCACAUUUGCCUCCGUUUACGUGGUUUUUUGUGUGUAUUUGUGUUCGUGGGGGAAUUCUUAGGUUUAGAUUGUUUAACCGCCUGAUAAAAUGAUGUCACAUCGUUAUUUACUUUUCAUUUAGAUUCACAAACAUUUCAAACAUGUAUAAAACAUAUGAAGCAAUAUUAACGACAUGCAAUGCUCUCCGAUGAAAUGAUGUCGCAUGGUCAAUA